UCCCCUUCGGUUUAAUCUAUCAGCCCUACUGGUACUUUCAGAUAAAAUAGACCAAGAAUGAUUUUUAGUGCAAUAAGUACCCAAAGCAAGUAUAAUCACAACAAGUACAAAAAUCACUGCCCUUUUUGAAACGAACACUAGUUGAUACAUUUACUUCGAGUCUGAAUUUCCAGAUUACAACAGAUUGCAAGGACUGAUGUUGGUUAAUUUAUCUGUAUGGUAAAUCACAAAAAAUAACAGUUUGUUACCCUCCCCAUUACCAAGCAAGUUUUUUGUCUGAAAUUGAACUUUGUCCUGUGGAGGUUACUUUGAUUUACUUCAUUACACAGCAAAUGCCAGAUUAUUUGGGUUCUGACCAACGUAAAACGAAAGAUCAGAAAGAUGAUGAGAAACCUAUUAAGGCUCUUGAUGAAGGCGAUAUAGCCUUGUUGAAAACAUACAGUUCGGCUGCAUACAGCAAAGAAAUAAAACAAUGUGAGGAAGAUAUACAGACUUACAUGAAACGAGUAAAUGAGCUGACAGGUCUAAAAGAGUCGGACACCGGCUUAGCUCCUCCUGCCCUUUGGGAUUUAGCUGCCGACAAAACCUGUUUAUCAAAUGAACACCCACUGCAGGUUGCUCGGUGUACAAAGAUAAUAAACUCUGAUACCGAGGAACCGAAGUAUAUCAUUAACGUCAAACAGUUUGCUAAAUUUGUUGUUGAUCUGGCCGACUCAGUAGCUCCAACUGACAUUGAAGAAGGAAUGCGUGUUGGAGUCGACCGCACAAAAUACCAAAUUCACAUUCCUCUACCUCCAAAAAUCGAUCCAAGCGUAACUAUGAUGCAGGUGGAGGACAAACCGGAUGUCACGUAUAGUGACGUUGGUGGGUGUAAAGAACAAAUCGAGAAGUUAAGGGAAGUCGUUGAACUACCACUACUCCAUCCUGAAAAAUUUGUCAAUCUUGGCAUCGAACCUCCUAAAGGUGUAUUACUUUUUGGACCUCCUGGGACAGGUAAAACAUUGUGUGCUCGAGCAGUUGCUAACCGUACCGAUGCCUGUUUUAUUCGCGUCAUUGGAUCUGAAUUAGUUCAGAAGUAUGUAGGUGAAGGUGCGCGCAUGGUUAGAGAAUUGUUCGAGUUGGCUAGAUCAAAAAAAGCAUGUAUCAUAUUUUUCGAUGAAAUAGACGCUGUUGGCGGUGCCCGUUUCGAUGAUGGACUGGGAGGUGAAAAUGAGGUUCAGAGAACUAUGCUUGAACUAAUUAAUCAGUUAGAUGGUUUUGAUCCAAGAGGCAACAUAAAAGUACUCAUGGCCACUAACCGACCUGAUACUCUCGAUCCUGCUCUUGUUAGACCUGGCCGUUUGGAUCGAAAAGUUGAAUUCGGUCUACCUGAUCUUGAAGGUCGGACUCAUAUAUUUAAAAUACAUGCCCGUUCCAUGUCCGUUGAGAAAGAUAUUCGUUACGAGCUUCUUGCUCGUCUUUGUCCUAAUAGUACUGGCGCAGAGAUUCGUAGCGUUUGUACUGAAGCUGGAAUGUAUGCUAUUAGAUCAAGACGGAAAAUGGCUACUGAGAAAGAUUUUCUAGAAGCUGUGAACAAAGUUAUCAAGUCGUAUGCUAAGUUCAGUGCAACUCCACGAUACAUGACGUACAACUAACUAAUUCAGCAUCAUUUACUUCAAAUAAAUCCCACUAUAAAUCAUGUGCUUUAUAUCUUGUCCUUUCAGUAUUUUAAGAGAACAACAAUCA